AGAGAGCUCUUCACGAGAGAACUCUUUCUCUUUCCCCACUAAAUAUCAAAUCUUUCUUCUUCAUCAUCACCAUCACCGUCAUGUGUAACCCAUCAACAACAACAACCACCGGUUCAGAGAACCAAGAAUCCCGAACCGGAAUCUUCCUUGAUCUCUUCUCGAUCAAUAGCUUUGAACCCACAAAGAGAAAUCUCCGGCAUUGCGAGAACAGAGGAUCUCCUCAUAUGGCAGAAGCUGUAACAGAGGCAAAAUCUCUCUUCACGCUAGCUUUUCCGAUCGCCGUGACGGCUCUAGUCCUCUACCUACGCUCCGCCGUAUCAAUGUUUUUCUUGGGUCGACUAGGUGACCUCGAAUUAGCCGCCGGUUCACUCGCCAUUGCCUUUGCUAACAUAACCGGUUACUCUGUUUUAUCCGGUUUAGCACUUGGUAUGGAACCACUCUGUUCUCAAGCCUUCGGUGCUCACCGCUUCAAACUCCUCUCCCUAACCCUCCAUCGAACCGUGGUUUUUCUCUUGGUUUGUUGCGUACCGAUCUCGGUUCUCUGGUUAAACGUCGGCAAAAUCUCGGUUUACCUUCACCAAGACCCCGACAUCGCUAAAUUAGCUCAGACAUAUCUCAUCUUCUCACUACCUGAUCUUCUCACCAACACUCUUCUCCAUCCAAUCAGAAUCUACCUUCGUGCUCAAGGCAUCAUUCACCCCGUAACCCUAGCUUCUCUCUCCGGCGCUGUUUUUCACCUCCCGGCUAAUCUUUUCUUAGUCUCUUACCUCCGUCUUGGUCUAACCGGCGUAGCAGUCGCUUCCUCUAUCACAAACAUCUUCGUCGUAGCUUUCCUCGUUUGCUACGUCUGGGCGAGUGGUCUCCACGCGCCUACAUGGACUGACCCGACCCGUGAUUGUUUCCGCGGGUGGGCUCCGUUGCUGCGUCUCGCGGGUCCGAGCUGUGUCUCCGUCUGUUUGGAGUGGUGGUGGUACGAGAUCAUGAUCGUUUUGUGUGGUUUGCUCGUGAAUCCAAGAUCGACGGUGGCUGCUAUGGGUGUUUUGAUCCAGACGACGUCGUUUCUUUACGUUUUCCCGUCUUCUCUUAGCUUUGCUGUCUCAACUAGAGUCGGGAACGAGCUUGGAGCGAACCGUCCUAAGACGGCGAAGCUAACAGCCACGGUGGCUAUCGUUUUCGCGGCGGUUACGGGGAUUACAGCGGCGGCGUUUGCUUACUCAGUCAGAAACGCUUGGGGGAGGAUAUUCACCGGAGACAAAGAGAUACUCCAGCUAACAGCGGCGGCGUUACCGAUAUUAGGUUUAUGCGAGAUCGGAAACUGUCCUCAGACGGUGGGAUGCGGAGUCGUGAGAGGAACAGCACGGCCGUCAACGGCGGCGAACGUGAACCUGGGAGCGUUUUAUCUGGUGGGCAUGCCGGUGGCAGUGGGUCUCGGGUUUUGGGCCGGAAUUGGGUUUACUGGGCUUUGGGUAGGACUACUUGCGGCGCAGAUUAGCUGCGCAGGUCUUAUGAUGUACGUUGUGGGGACCACAGAUUGGGAAUCGGAGGCUAAGAAGGCGCAGACGCUAACGUGCGCCGAGACUGUAGAGAAUGAUAUUAUUAAGGCGGUGGUGGCGAAUACUAUAGGUGACGACGGUGAGUGCGAUGAGGCUGAGCCGUUGAUUCGCAUCACGGUGCUUUAUUAAUUAUAAGACAAAAAAAUAUAAUCAUAAUUAUUCC